AUGCCGAAAAAGAAGAGUGGAGCUAGAAAAAAAGCGGAGAAACAAAGAGAUAGACAGCGAUUAAUACGGGCUCAAGCAGGAGAACGCCAACUGACAGAUUAUCCAUGUAAUUUUACUAUGGAAUGCGAUAAAUGUCAAAGGCGUCAAAAGAAUAGAGGCUUUUGCUAUUUUUGCCAAUCACUGCAAAAAUUACCCGUAUGUGCACAAUGCGGAAAAACAAAAUGCAUGGCUAAAACUGGCGAUUGCAUGGUUAAGCAUACCGGUAUAAAUGCAACUGGAAUGGCAAUGGUUGGUGCAAUUUGUGAUUUUUGCGAAGUCUUCAUUUGCCAUAGUAGGAAAUGUCUAACAACACACCCAUGUGAAUGCCCUUUACAAGAUGUUGUGUGCAUAUCAUGUAAAAGAGGUGUUUGGAAUCAAGGUGGAAGAAUAUUCAAGUGUUCAUUCUGUAACGAAUAUUUAUGUGAAGAUGAUCAAUUUGAACAUCAAGCUAGCUGUCAAUAUUUAGAAUCAGAAUCAUACAAAUGUGUUUCAUGUAAUAGAAUAGGACAGUAUUCAUGUCUUCGUUGUAAGGCUUGUUACUGUGAAGACCAUGUUCGCCGUAAAGGAGUUAAAUAUGUUAAGAAUCAAGCGAUUCCGUGUCCAAAAUGUGGACAAGAAACAAAGGAAACCAAAGAUCUAAGUGUAUCAGUGAGGAGAUAUGACUACGGAAGACAAGAAUAUGACGACGAUACCGGCUACGAUGGAGUAGCAGAUACUAGUUAUUAUGGGCAAUACGGACUUGGAUUACAUGACGAAGAAGCAGAUAAUAAUAGUGACGAAAUUGAAGAUGAUACAGCAGCGCCUUUUUCCAAUAUGUCCCUUGAUAAUACUUAUUCUUAUGAAGACCACAUAAAUGAUUUUGCUACGGAUGAUUAA